AAAAAACCCUCCAAUAAGACAAUAACCAUAGUCAUAGAGCUAAGUAGGCUAGAAUUGAAUUGAGCUGUAGCAAAUAGCAAUGGCGGUGGUUUCACUCUCAUCAUCGUCUCCAAUUCUCUCACCACUACUCUUCACAAACCCUGCUGCCUCGUCAUCAUCUUCAUCUCAUUCUAAUCUUCCUCUCUUCGCAGCGACCAAUCGGCCACGUCCACCUUCUAUCGUCUUCUCCUACAAAUCGAGGAGUGAUUUGAGUAGCGAGGACAAGAAGAUUUUGCUCGAGCGUUAUGGUCUCGAUCCUCACGACCUCUUAUUUGAACCUCCUCCUCCUCCUAAGAGUAAGAGAACAAAGGAGGUGCAAAAGAGAGGAAGAGGAAAGGAAGUUCAACCACCAGAGGAGCCUAAGCCGCCACGGACUACCCAUAAAUUGCUUCAGGUUCUUGGAGGAAAGGCUCGAAGAAAGAAGUUGCUGUCACCAAAGGGUAUGGAUGUACGCCCAAUGAUGGUAGUUGUGAAAGGUGCAGCCUUUGAUAUAUUGCAGGCAGCCUGUGGCUGUCCUGCAUCUUUAAGGCCUGGCCGCUGGUUAGACUUGUACAGUGGUACUGGAUCUGUUGGUAUUGAAGCAAUUAGCCGAGGCUGUUCUGAGGUGCAUUUUGUUGAGAUGGAUCCUUGGGUUGUAUCAGAUGUUUUACGUCCAAAUUUGGAAUGUACUGGGUUUCUUAAUGUAUCUGUCAUACAUACUGUCCGUGUUGAAAAUUUCUUGGAACGUGCAGAGCAAUUUGUAGGUAAAGGUGGAUCAUUUGAUUACAUUAGUGUUACCCCUCCAUAUACUGAAGUUGACUAUGGCAUGCUCAUGGGCCAAAUUUCGAAGUCACCAUUAAUUGGAGAAGACACCUUUGUUGUGGUUGAGUAUCCAUCAAGAACCAACAUGCUUGAUUCAUGUGGAUGCCUGGUGAAGAUAACUGAGCGACGGUUUGGACGGACACACUUAGUAAUAUAUGGACCUACAUGGGCCCAAAAGAAUAGGAAGUAAAGUCACUAAGGAAAGUAUCAGUAGAAGUUUAACUCAAGUCUGCAAGCGGAGGUGAAAACUGUAUCCUGGAACUGCAAAGAUUUUGCAGUGAAUGUGAUUGUGCACCUUCAAAUGCUAUGAUUAGGUCAAAGUCUUAAAUUGGUAAUUCAGCAUUCCCUGGCAGCUUAUCAACUAUUAGAAGAUUGAUUCAAACCAUACUGGUUCAGGUUGAUUUGUGAAAUAUGUAAGGAAUCUAUAAACCAAAUCUAGGUUUAAGUACAUGACAAGUGGGUGUACAUUUAUUUAUCUUCCUUCAAUGUACAAGGUUCUGAACUUUGUUAACCAUUUGCCUAUCUAUUGUGUGCUGUAUUUAUUUUAGCAAUUGAAGCAUCAGAGGCAAGUCUGUAUGUGAUUUUUUGUAGCCUAGACAGGCCAUCAUUGGCACAAUGUUAACAUUUUUUGUUACCUUUUUCAA